AGGUUCUCUCACUCAAUUCAUUCUGAAUUCUAACAGCAGUUUGUGUUCUGAGAUUCAUCUCUUUUCCUGUCAAUAACUCCUCAAUAAACUAUUCAGAAAUGGCUGGAAUUGUGGUGGUCUUCGACUUCGACAAGACGAUCAUCGACGUGGACAGUGAUAAUUGGGUGGUGGAUGAGUUAGGCGUCACGGAUUUGUUCAAUCAACUUCUUCCCACUAUGCCCUGGAACUCUCUCAUGGAUAGGAUGAUGAAGGUGCUUCAUUCACAAGGAAAAACUAUUGAAGACAUUGAAGAGGUACUGAAACGUGUUCCCAUACACCCCAGGAUUGUCCCUGCCAUUAAAUCAGCUCAUGCAUUAGGGUGUGAUUUGAGAGUAGUAAGCGAUGCAAAUGUAUUCUUCAUUGAAACAAUCUUGAAACAUCUGGGUAUAAGGGAUUGCUUCUCGGAAAUCAACACGAACCCAGGCUAUUUUGAUGAUGAAGGCAGGCUUCAAAUCCUCCCUUACGUCGAUUUUCAAACAUCCCCUCAUGGCUGUAAUCUCUGCCCUCCCAACAUGUGCAAGGGUCUGAUAGUAGAAAGAAUACAAGCCUCCAUAGCCAAGGAGGGGAAGAAAAGAAUGAUCUAUCUUGGCGAUGGAGUCGGUGAUUUUUGCCCCAGUUUGAAGCUCAGAGAAGGAGAUUUUGUUAUGCCAAGAAAAGAUUUCCCAGCCUGGAAUUUGAUAAAUGAAAACAGGACACUAGUAAAAGCAGCGGUUCACGAGUGGACUGAUGGGGAAGAACUCGAGCACAUUCUGCUACAACUGAUUAACGCAAUUAACAUUGAAGAAAGCCAAUUGUUAUCAGUCGAGUGCAAGUUCCAGACAAUGUCCAAAGCAACUCACGGAGCCUUGCCACAUGCUCUUCCAGUACCUUACUAAUGGCAAGACUGCCCAAGCCAUUGUAAUUUAGCUAACAAGUGAAAUCCCAUUAAGAAUCUAAAUGAAAAUCCAUUGCUAGAGAGAUCUAUAUAACUGAUGUGGGCGGGCUACAAAAUAAAAGGAGUAUAGGCAAAAAAAAA